UGGGAAGUGUGUGGGGGGCUUCUUUAGUUUUAUAUCAUAUCAAUUCUUCCUGUAAUGAAUAUGGGCCUGCCGCCGUCAUGGUGUCUCCUGAGAAAUACAUGAUCGGAUCAAAUGCAGCCAAGUAUACGUACGAUAAUAACAUGCCACUCAUUUUUAUUGGUGGCAUGCCGAGAAGUGGGACAACACUGUUGAGAGUGCUUCUUGAUGCUCACCCGGACAUACGCUGUGGAGAGGAGACCCGCGUGAUUCCUCGUCUUCUGGGCAUGAAACAGCAGUGGGUGAAGGCACCCAUUGAAGCCCGUCGCUUACAGGAGGCUGGAAUUACUGGGAAGGUGUUAGACGCAGCUGUUGGGUCUUUCAUUCUUGAAGUCAUUGCUCGUCAUGGGGAACCAGCCCCUCGGCUGUGUAACAAAGACCCGUUCACUCUUCGCUCGGCAGUUUACCUUCACUCUCUUUUCCCAAACGCAAAAUUCAUUCUGAUGAUUAGAGACGGGCGAGCAGUGGUGCACUCCAUCAUCAAUCGAAAAGUAACAAUAUCGGGGUUUGACUUAUCUGACUUCAGACAGUGUAUGAAAAAGUGGAACACUGCCAUGCAGGCUAUGUUCAACCAGUGUCAGCAGCUCGGAUCGACCUUCUGUUUGCCAGUCUACUACGAACAGCUGGUUCUCCAUCCUAAACCGUGGUUAGAACAAAUUCUCAAGUUUCUGCAAGUCCCUUGGAAUGACUCUGUUCUUCACCAUGAUCAGUUAGUGAACAAACCAGGAGGAAUCUCAUUGUCGAAGCUAGAACGUUCAACAGAUCAAGUGAUCAAACCUAUCAACUUGCAAGCCUUAAGCAAAUGGGUAGGGCAAAUCCCUGCGGACGUCGUUCAAGAUAUGGCUAACAUUGCACCCAUGCUGUCGUUCUUGGGCUAUGACCCCAAUCUCAACCCCCCCGAUUAUGGUAAGCCCGAUAGCUUUGUAAUACGAAACAGUAAAGUCAUAGAAGACAACAAGGUGAUGUGGGAGGAAAGAGAACGAGAACUGGCAGAGCACAGAGAAGCCGUUCGAAAAGCUCUCAAAGCUAAAACUGGAGCAGGUUCAGAAGAAAGUAAAAUAAAAAGGACAGGUCAACGUGUGCAGUUAGAAAAGCCAUACAAAGAAGAUAAAGUAUGACAGAUGGUCAAAUGUCUUGUGGUUACAACCAUCAUCAGAUGUCAGUGUAAGAAGGAAGGCUGAAUAUUCCCUUAUGCUAACUGAAAAUCUGAGACUGAAAUCUAAUUGUAUUAUCUUUAAACUUGCUGUAACAGACAAUUUCUAGUUUCUCUUAGAGGGAAAGGGGGGUUUCUUGAUAUAUUUGGAUGACUAUAAGUGUGUUAUUUAUAGGGCUUAAGCCUAUAACUCAUUAACAGAUGUAAAAAUAUAUAUAUAUAUAUAUAUACUUGUGUUUAUCACAUUGUAAUUAGCUUUUGGUUUAAAAAAACAUUUUUAGCAUCAUUUCUUAUUUUGUACAACACUAGUGUCAUAAGUUUAAGAGAUUUAGACUGUCAGUACAAAGAGUUUCAGGUUACUGAAUUUGUUGAUAAUAUUUGUUUUGUCAAGGUACCCUAGUUUUAAACCUUUGAGGACCGUAAAUACUAUAUAUUGUUUUAUACUCUGACAAGACAUUAAAUUUAAAUAAUGGAAAAAACAAUUUUUUUUUUACGGUGCACAAACUUGAUUCAUACACACAGAAAUAAGAUAAAUGCAUUUUUGUAUCAUUUUUAAAAUUUCUGUUAACACUACAGAGUGCGAGAAAGAAUUCAAUUACCGAUGAAUUAGUAUUUAACUUUAAGUUUCUUGAUGGCUAAGGUUUCGUCAUUCUUGUUCGGUGCUGUGAUACGACUAUGUGUAAUUUCAAAUUUCUUGUCAUCAGUAGUCCUGUCAUAUUCUGGAGAUGUUUGAAGAAUUACCAGCAUUGAAAUUCAGAUGCUCAUUUACAUACUACAUAGUUUUAUCCUACGUAUCGAUGUGUUUCUUUGUUUAGAGCUGGUACUUCUUCAAACAUCUCCAAAUAGAUGAUGGGGCUAGAGAUGUAAUGAAGUUUGAAAUUAUCUGCUAACAAUGAUCAAGAUGUAAGAAUGAAAUACACCCUAUCUUUACACAAUUAGGACUUUUUAUCAUAGCUUUAAUACUCUCUAGCCAAGUAAACAUCUUGGGAUAGGUGUAAACUAGUUAACACAAAGGUUGUUUGUUGCUUUUUUACCAAGAUAUCUUCACAGGCGAAUGAGAUAAUCCAUAAAUAUGUGCCAGAUUUUACAUCUGAGGUAGAAAAAUAAAGGGACCUAUAUUUCCUUGCUUAAACCCCUUCACUCCUAAGUCAUCCACAAACCUUCUCCAAACUCGGUUUUGGACCACUCUUUCCAAGUGUAUCCCAAUUCCAUCAGCUCCUCUCCAGCUGAUCCUAGGCCUACUACAGUUUCUUUUACCUUCGUAACAUGGGGGGGGGGGGGCUAUAGUAGUACUGAGAAUACAAAUAAGGUGCCACAUUUAUCUUCUAAAAGUUAAAAGUGAUCAUCACAUAUCUUCAAGAGGCAGUUCUUUAAGUCAGGAUCAGUUUUAUAGGAAGCCCUUUAGUUUAGGAUAAGAAUCUUAUUUUGUUGAAAAUAAUAUUGCUAGGAAUUGAGGAAACCAUCUCCGUGAUUUAACAACGAUAUAUAGACGAGUUUUUGUAUUUAAAACAAAACAAAGGUAUACAGAGAACUUUGUGAUAAUACAUGCUGGUGAAAGUCAGUAUAUAUAUAUAUAAAAAUCAACUCUCAAAUGUUACUCCUGUCUGUUACUAAAAUCCCUUCUGCUUGAGGAAUGGAGCAAAGACAAAGUUGAUAUAGAAGGGUGUGGAUGGGAAUUCCUAGCCUUUUAAACAAACUAUUUAUUAGUAGGAGCACCAAGCUGGCAGUGGACCGUUUGUGCUUCAAUUGAUAUAUUCAAUCUGUAAUAUGCCCAAUAAAAGAAAUAAGAUUUUGAAAGUAGAUAUUACCAAGAAUACGGUAGUUGUUUAUAGUGUUUUAUGAGAUUAUUAAAUUCCAUGUUUUGGUACUGUAUUAAGUAUUAUUAUUAUUUUUUUGUGAUGUAUUUAUGCUAAUGUGAUAGUUCUGUAUUAGCCUAACAAUUCCAUUUAUUUUGUUUAUGGACUAAUUUACAGUAGUUUGAUUUGUUCAAUCAUGCAUCUUUGUGCCUCUGUAGAAUCACUUUUAUGUCCUCAACAGAAUUGACCAUCUCGUGAAGUGAACCCCCUCCUGUCAGGUGUCGAAAUUAAACAUAACCUUUAUCAGUUAGGGUUACUUUAGUUCAAUCCUAACAACUUGGCUGCUUGAAGUGAUCAUAAAAAAAAAUACAGUUGCUAAUUAAUGAAAGAUGUUAUUACAGGUUAUUGUAGUUGUAUAUUAUUUUAAUGUCUUUCAUUGUUUUCAUUACGUGCCCAAGCAUCUUUAAAUGCAAUUUGUAUUCAGUGGACAAGAAAUGAGCCCAUGCAAGUACUACAACUAACCAGUUUUAUUUUUUAUGUGCCAGCACCCAGAUGUUAUCUUUUGACCACUUUACCAGUUACAAGACAUUCUUUCCCUGUUUUAAAAGGCAGCUAAAAAUUUUAUUUGUGUAUAAUUUUAAUUACUCAUUGAGCUGCUUUAGACUUUUAUGAACUCAAAUUUCAGGAAAAUGAGAAUAGUUGUGUUACCUAUAAAACUUUUCUAUAAACACCACCAGAAGCAAGUUGGAAUAUUGGUUUUAGACAGUAUUGACGUGUAAGCAGAAGGUGGUGAUGAAAGGAUUUUGUGAUACUUGUAACAGACUGAGUGUUAAAUAAACUUGUAAACAACAGA